AUUUAAACGAUGUCGCGCUAAUAAAAUCUUCUAGUACCGCUUUGUCAGUACGAAAAUAUUCACGGAGUCAAGCACAUCGAAUGUAUUUUCUCAAUUCAACGAUGAAAACUUUGGUCAUCGUUCUAACGAUUGCCAUUGGGGGUGGCCUUCUAGUUGAUGGAUUCCCAGGGAAGUUAGGCGCACAACGUUACGAAUUUCAGCAGCGAUCGGUUCCUGCAGAAUUUCCAGAAAGCAACAUUUUUACAACUCCAGAGUACCAGGAGCAUGACGCUGUUACCUCUGUCUACGUAUCAAGCCCCAAAUGGUCUCAGCUACAUCCGAACGAAGUGAAUGCCUUUGCAGAAAUAUAUCGUCAGAGUUACAAUCAACUGGUAGAUCAGUAUAACCGAAUGUUUGGCCUACAAUAUGGCUACGUAAUGCCAGUCCAAUACCAACUAUUUGAGCUUCCCACGGGUAUUUCAUGGCGGGAUUACUUUGGCAGCCAGCAGCAAUAUGUAAGCCAACAAACGGAGGAAAUGUCACGCCGGCUAUUUUACCAAAUUCAAAACGGCACAAUUGCGCAACAAGCUCUAGAGACACCAAGUUUCUUCGUCAAUCAGGUAGCAGAUUUGCUCGAUCAGGUGCACAGCCAUGUUGAAGAAGCUGUGUCUCCACAAGAAUAUCAACCUGAAAUCAUGCACGAAGAGACAGACACACAGCAGCAAUUCAACGAUAGAGAUCAUUCAAUGGCGUUGGCUUUUAAUCCCGCAACUGGAACAUACGAGUAUGUCUAUGUUCAAAAGACACUAAUCGAAGACACCUCCACGACCAGCAAAAGUGUAAGAACCUCAUACAUCCAAAGUCUUCCUCCAGUGCUGUUUGAUAAUCAGGCAGUUCGUCGAGAUAUCGAAAACAGUGACGAGAUAUUUGAAGAUACAACGACUCCAUCGUCUAUACAAACAACCACUGAUAAUUACUACAGAAGCACAUACGAGCAGCAACAGGUAUACGAUCUACAGUUUCUUGAAAAAAUUUCAAGCAGUCCGUCACCCAAACCAAACAAUGUAAUGUCUCUGGUGCGUAAAAAGCAAGAAACGAGCAGUAGUUCAACUACAACAACGACAACGAGUACAACGCCAAAGCCAACGACGGAAAGCAACGUGAUGUCCAUGUUGCCUCACAAGCAACAAAAGGUAGAUUACAUCAGUCUUCAUCAGCAAAUAAGGCAAACAUUGGAUCAACAUAUGAAACAACAAAACCAUACCGCCGAACAUGCGGAAACUCACUACAUGGGGAUGAACAGCAAUCAAGAUCAUCUAAAACUAACGUACGAUGUCGUUGAUGGUCCAAAGCCAAAUCGAGAAGUAUCACGUGGUGAUCAACAAAGCUCUGAUGAAGACUUCGUGACGGAUGAAAUGGUCGAACAGGCGGCUACCGAUCCUACAUUCACAGUAGUUACACAAAGAGUCACAGAAAAGCCAUCCUCGCCAAAACCGAAACCAACCCAGAUUCCACGCAUCGAGCCGGCGGCCUCCAGAACCGUUCCUCUAUACACUGCUCCACUAGCUCCGUUUCCAGUAAUUAUUCAUACUAGCUACCCAUUGUACGCUGCACCCCUUGCACCAUUCCCUGAAACAGUUCAUGUUGAACCAGCCCAAGUCCAGACGAUCCAAUUCUCCGAACUGGAAGACAUGAACCAAGAAUAUUUCCACCCCGUACAACAUUCCAUUCCUCCCGAGAGUUACGAUCAACACCAAGAAGUGCAAGUUCUAGAACAAAUUCCGGCAGAGUUUGUCAUGCCAGCGUACGAUCAACAAAUCGCUAUGACGCACGUGCUGGGUUUGCAGCAGCAAAGCUCAAUCGGUCAAGAUUUCAACCCACAAUUCUUGGAAAAGCAGCAGCCUCCGGAGCAAGCGUAUCGCAAUCCAGAACUUGACGCUCCUCAAUCGAUUGUGCCCACCAUGCGGGAGGAGGAGUCAGUGCAGCAGGUUCAAGAAGUAACAACAGCUGAACCCGUUCUUCAAGCACCUAACCAUAAGCCGUGGCUGCAGCGACAAUGGGUCAAGCUGGCCAAACAUUUCUGAGUUAUUCUCAUUAGAAUGUAUAUAUUAGGGUGGUCCAAAUCCGAGCUUUUUUGGGGCUACCCCCUGAAAUCAAAAAUUGACCCAUCGAAAAACGAAGUUGACUUUAUAGCUGUCGGCCACUAUUGCUAGUACCAACCACUAGUG